AGAUUUUUCGGCUCAGCGGCUGGGCUGAUUGCGCCAUGGCGGAGCUGGCGGAGGCGACAGAGCCGCAGGCGACAGAGGCCGAGGCCUGUGUAGCGCACGAUGCUUUUAUGUUUCCCUCCGCCUUGAAGCCCACGGACUUGCAGCUGGAGGAUGAAUCGAGCGAAGAGGACGAGGACACGGAUGGCCCGAACGAUCAGGGCGUCAUGUCGUCCAUCUACAGCUCCAAGAUGUUCUCUGAUCCUGAAGAGUACGAGAAAUGGAAGAACAGAGGCUGGAGAGCAGUGCAAUGCUGCGGCGGUGCCUUGCUGGUGCUUGCCUUGAUCUUUGACGAGAUGGACUGAGCCGCUGAGUUUUCAGUCCGAUCAGACUCCUGUCUGUCGCUUGGAGAAUGGGCCGGGUGUCUGGGCAGGGUGCCGGGGAAGUUGGUCAGUCC